GAUUGCCCCGUGCGACGUGGUUGUGCCUGCUGGUAGCACCGGCAUGGAGCCGACCCAGACAUCCUUCUUCCAGGCGCUGAACAUUGCGACGAAGAUUGCCAAGGGUAUGGUGGAGAUCGUGACGGAGAAGAAGGUGCUGAACACCGGCGACAAGGUGGACAACUCGACGGCGACGCUCCUGCAAAAGCUGAACAUCAGCCCGUUCUACUACCAAGUGAAUGUGCUGUCGGUGUGGGACCGCGGUGUGCUGUUUACCCGCGAGGACCUGAUGAUGACAGAGGACAUGGUGGAGAAGAUGCUGAUGGAAGGCCUGAGCAACGUGGCGGCGAUGGCGCUGGGCGCCGGCAUCCCGACGUCUUCGACGAUUGGCCCGAUGCUGGUGGACGCCUUCAAGAACCUGCUGGCUGUCUCCGUGGCGACCUCGUACGAGUUCGAGGAGCACAACGGCAAGGAGCUGCGCGAGGCCGCGAUCAGCGGGCGGUUGGCCGGCUCUGGCUCGGCUGCUGCGGAGCCCGCCGCUGCCGCGCCGGCUGCCCCUAGCGCUGCGGCCGAGGAGCCGGAGGAGAGCGACGAGGACGACUUCGGCAUGGGCGGUCUCUUCUAA